AGGAGAAGUUAGGGGCAAUGUUGCUGGUCUCAGCCCCACCCGGUCUCUUCCCCUUGCCCUCUAGGUCCCAAUUCAUGGGCCUAGAGAAAGAAGCAAACUUUAACUUCCACAGCAAGGGCUGGACUAAUAGAGUAAGAAAAAUCACUGGCAAGAUUAAUUUCUACUCUUAAUUAUGUGUUUAGUAAUAAGACACAUCUUGAGGUUCAAAGAGGCCGUUAACCAAUAAAUGGAAAAGCUAAGACUAAAAGACUUGUAGGAUGUGACUUCCAGUCCUGUAAUCUCUUCCAUGUGACCCAAAGAUGUCUCACAAAACCUUGAAUGGCUGGCCUGGGGGUCACAUUGCAAGUUAUACCUGGUUCCUAAAUUUUUGCUUAUCUCCAAAGACACAAAGGGCAAGAGGCAGUCAAACAGAAUUUGACCAUACAAGGGGCUAAUGAAUGACCUGUCCCAAAUAAGGUGGAGAUACAGUCCAGCAGGAAGUCCACUCUCACUCUAUUUCUAGCACGGUUUCCUUUUUCUCUGACUCCUGCUUGAAGAAGAGGAGCUCUUUGUCUACAAAAGAUUUGCAAAUGCUUCGUUCCCACACUCAGGACUCACAGUACUGCACAACUCCAGACGAUGCCAUUUACACACUGGACAGGCAUAGACUGCAAUGGGAAUGGAGCUCCUUGGAGUUAUACAACACUAAGCCUCACACCCCAUACCUAAUGUCAGAACAGCCAAAAUGCAUGAAUGAGCUGGCACAUUGUGGGUGGUGACCCCAGCUGCUCUCUCUGGAGUCAGGUUCUAUCUAGGGGCUUAGAUUCCUGGAGGCAUUCUUCAUGGGGAGGAUGGUAGUGGCUGUGAUGGGAGUAGUAGCGGGGUAUAGGGAGGAGUAAGGGGGGGCAUUAACAGUGAGAAAUUAUCUAGAACACAUAAACUCAGUGGUGGGGCUCAGACUAGGGGAGAGGACUCAUCUCUUUGAGGCCUUUAUCUAGAAUUUCAUUGGCUGUUGAUGCCUGAGCCUAAUUUAGCUUCUUAUUUCCUGGGACUACAAGAGGAGCUUUGUGUUUCAUUAGAGAGGCCAAGUGGCAAGCAAUUCGGAGACUCAUGGCAGCUGCCUCUUCACCCCUCCCCUAAAACUCAAAGUCUGUUUUUUCCUUCUAUUGAGGAUCUGAUUAUCAGGUGAGUUUAAGAAGCAUGGCAGAGCUCAGUGAGAGAGGGAGGUUGGACUAACAAUGACAAGAGGGGGUAAUUUCUCUGUAGGGAUUCCUGCUGUACCUCUACCACACCCUUUACAAGCUGGGAACAACUUGUCCCCAGCUAGGGUGGCACACAGAGUCUAUGUGCACAACUGUUCUGGCUGGCUACUAAGGAGGGGACAAGGUGGACAAAAAUACGACCUGCAUUUCCAAGGCUGCUACUCCCUUCCCAGGCCCUGGCUGUCUCUUUAAGGUUGUACUGCAUCCUUAGGAGCCCUCCUGGGAUGUAGAUCUGCAUUAGAAGCGGUGUCUGGAUCUAGGGGCUGAGCUUUGCCCUUCUGUUUGGUCAUGCAGGAAGGGAGGGCCCAGCUCCCACCUUCUUCCUAAAUAAAGAUGAGGCUGAGCAGAAGAAUGGGUGUAAUUCCUAGACAGGUCACAUGGUGGCAUGGUGUCUGCACUGCUUCCCUCUUUCACACCACUACCCCUCCCAUCCCUCCGCCCGGGGAGAGAAACAUUUCUUAGCUGAGACAAUAAUGGGGAUUCCAGCAGAUGCCUGGUGAAUCUGGGAAUUGGCAAGUCUAGUAGCAGCAUUAGCUUCCGUCAGCCCAGGAAGACACAGUCACCCUCGACUACACAGGGCUCUUCUGGGGUUUCCAAGGAGAACAAAGGCUGAAGACUGAGUAAAAAUGUCUUCCUGGACGCAACUCAAGAGAAUGAGGGGACAUGGCAAGGAUCCCACUGAACUAUAAAUGAUGGCUGCCACCAGAGCAUUUUAGACUCUUAUAUCCAGAGACCAACCUGAGAGAAGAGUCACCAUGUUGGCAGAAAUAAUUGACAGGAGAAGCGUCACCGGAGAGUCAAACAAAGGGCUAGAGAUGCAGCAUCAAGAGGUAAAGUCUCAGUCUCUGCUCUGACAUCCCUCCCCUGGGCGUGAGGUACCCAUGGACCUGGUACUCAAUGACCCCUGGUGUCAGGAGCCAGGUGCUCUAAGCACUGAAGGCUCUACUUCCCCAAGUUGACAGAUUCUCCCAGAAGACUCUUUUGGGUGGGAAAUGAGAGCCUGAGGAUGUUCCCAAAUUCCCCACCUUAGCCCUGGGAAUAGAGAGUGAGGAAGUAGGGGAGAUGUCUGUAACUGUGUCACUUCCUAGUUUUAUGACCCAUUGGAAGUCACCUCAUCUCUCAGUCUUUUUAUCCAUAAAAAGGGCAUCUGAUGAUCCUGUCUCACUCACAGUGUGGUUGUGAAGGUCAAAUGAGAUUAGGCCCAGGAGAGCACCUGAUACAUGUCUCAGAGCACUGUCUGUGGAGUUUGCAGUCUCCUCUCCCUCGAAGGCCUUCAGCUUGCUGCAGGAAGUUCCCGAACCCUCUCCCGUUGCAUGUAACACUGUCUCCUGGUUUCUCAGCUAGGAGACUUUCCCGGAAAGAAGCUGAGAAGCCGUGGGAGCUGCUCUCUGUCAUGAGAAGCCAGGACUGGCUUCCUCAGGAGGGGAGUGUGCGGCAGCUCCUGUGUGCAGAUCCCUGCUGCAAAAUCUGCAAUGCCACAGCUCUGGAGAUUCAGCAGUUGAUGGUGGGUGAGAACACCCUAACCUCCCCCAUAUCAAGGCGGCCACCACAAGGCUCUUCUUGCCUAGAGGUUUUGUCCGCAUCUAAUGUGUCUUUUGAGCAGAGUCUGGAGCAUCAUUCCCCACACUCCAAAGACCUUUCACUUCCAUCUGCAACCCUCACAGUGUCACAGAAAUCCUUAAUCCAGUCAGCUGCCCGGUCAGCUAGUACAGUUAGCAUCCACGAUUAUGAUUACUGUGCUGAACACCUCAAGAAAAGGCAGGGAUUUCAAGUGCCAGAUGUGCCAAGGGUCCCAGAGACUAUGUUUUCUUCAAGGCCUGAGGAGCCUAGGGUUUCAGUGAACCUGCAGGAGAUGAUACAGAGCAACCUCAACCUUGUCUAUGGGAACCAAGGCCAGCAGCCCUUGAAUUCUCAGGUCUCUCUUCUGACCCUGAACCGAGAAAUCACUACCCUGACACAUCCUGUGGCCUUGCAUAUGGUCACUGUCCUCCCUGCUCACCUGCCAUUCCUGAGUCCUGAAGUCCUAAGGCUUCUUGAGGUACAUGUGAAGAAACUGAUGCAUUUCCAGAGGUGGGGACUCCCCAGACGUGUAGAAGAGUCCCUGAGGCAGCUUAUGCCAAAUCCACCAUUAUUUUACCAACCUAUACAUAACCAACCAGUUUCUUUCAUCCAGAAUGAUACUUCUCAGUUGUCUGUUGAGAAAUUUGGGACCAUUUCAUACCAGAACUGGGGUUCAUGUAUGGCCGGCCAGCCUACCCAGGCCUUCUGGGUUUCUGAAUGGUCCAUUUUGGACCCAGAACAAAGAUAUUACUACCAGCAAAUCCCAAAUCAUAUGGCUCUAGCCUUGUCUUCUCCAUCCCUUAAAGAAUUAAGUGGCCUCUAUCUAAUGUCUAGGCAGCAGGCUAAUGACUCAGUGGGCCAUGUGCAGCCAAAAUACAGCCAGCUAUUCUGUGGCCUCCCUUCUCUGCACAGUGAGUCCUUGGUUGACACCUUCUUGGAUUCUCAAGGCCUCUCCAUGAAUGAGACAAUGUCCAAGUCCCCCUUGAAGGAUCCUUUUCUCUUCAAGGAGCUCUCUCUCUUCCCUCUGCUACCUAAAACUCCACACCAGUCAGCUCCGCUCUCUUCUCUGUCUUCCCAAAAUUGGAUUCUUCCAUCUGAUCAUCAACAAUCUCAGAUUAAUGUCCCAUUUCUGACUCUGGAUGAGUGUGAAGCCUUGGAGUGGCAUCUGCUGCAGAGGCAGAUCCAGCUUCAGUGGAACUUGCCAGGUGUUUUCCAGAGAGAUCAGCGCACUCAGAGCCCUGUGCAGUAUAAGCCCUGUGACAAAGCCCAGUCUUCUGAGACUGUGAAAACUUCCUGUCCAGGGCAGCCCAGCUCAGACCUCACAAAGGAACUACUCUUCCCACAGCAUGCGAGGAGGCUGCUGGAAUUCCACCUUCAGAGACAGUUGAUUCACCACCGCUGGGGUCUGCCCCAGAAGAUCCAGCAGUCCAUGCAGUUGCUCUUGCCUCCAGCUAACCAGCAGACUGUGUCCUGGAGAAGCUCAGCCCUAGGCAGUGUGAAUGUCCCCCAACCUGCAUCUCUAGAGGCCACUGGGGCUGAUGACCCAUUCUCACCAACUUUGGACCUGGUAUCAGAUCCCAUGCCACACUUGUUUGACCAGGCCAAGGCAGUAUUGCAAAGCCAUAUAGACUCCAAGUGUAGGCAGAUUGACCAGGGCAAUGUCCCUUCUUGUGUCUAUAGCUCCUGGGAGUGCAUAAUUCCUGGGCACCUAAAAAAGACUUCCUUCACUUGUAUCCCAGAAAGCAAGUCCCUGGAACUACAGGCAGCAACUGACUUGGACUUAGAGCAAAAAUUUAUAACCUGGAUGCCAGUGGCCCUUGAUCAUCAGCAACAAGCCUCACCAGAUGCUGUCAUUGAACAUUCUAAGCUGCCUCUAGCCCUUUCCAAGGGAACCAUUGAGAAACUGGAGACAACUUUACGGCAUAAGUAUCUGGCCUUUUUGUCAGGGCUGCCUGCUCUUUAUUAUGUGGCUCUCUCUAGGGCCAUGGCCCCAGCAGUCACUUCUCAAGCUGUGAUCACAGAGAUGGUGCCUGAGCCUGUUGAACUCCCAGCAGAACCUCUGAUUCAGGUGACCUCACCUGAGGAGCAAGGACUAAGUUCUGGGCCAGGCUUUCAAGAUGCCAGUGAGGCUUGUGCAGACAUUGCAGAUGAAUCCCAGGCUGAAGUGCAAGUAGAUGGAACAACUGAGACGGUGCCUAUAGAAAGCCAGACAGAGCCUGCAAGGCUUUACUCACUUGGGGAGCCCAUCUUGGCCAAAUUAAAUUUCCAUGUGAGAAAGAAGAUCCUAGAGAUACAACUGGGAAUUCCCAUAAAGGCAAGGGAGUCCAGGGAACAAACUGUAGCAAUUCCAGAGAACAUAUGCACACAGGAGUCUCUUGGGAGUCUAAACAACCAAGGCAAAACACUGCUCCAGGAACUCCCCAUUCCACCAGAUAUGCCAUGUGCCCCAGAUCCAGAAUGGCUCCAUUUCAAAGAACAGCUGGCCACUGAGUUGAAGGCAGUUCAUCAGAAACACAAGCAACUUAGUUCUAGUUUAGUGCCCCAUGAUGCUGUCCACUGGGCUUCUAAGAUAUCACAACCCAGUGGGGACAUGACAGAAUCCCAGGUGCUCUGUGUUCAGCUGGAGGCCAGUGUGAGCAGUCCCAGCCUAGAGGAACCCUGGAGCCCUGAGCCCCAGAGCCCUGACAAGAAAAAGGACUCAGCCCACAGCCCCACACUGGCAGAAAAGAUAGAAGAGAAAGGCAAACCCAAAUUGUCAGGGGACCAUGGAGAAGGGGAUGCUGGAUUUUCACUCUCCUCCACUAGAGAAAAAAGCCAGUCUGCUGAAGCCCAGAGGCCAGAAAGAAUGCUUUUGAACAGGACUCCCUGCAGCCCAUGGCGACGGAGACAUUGCAUUCACCUUGACGCUCCCUGUCAACCCAGUCCCCAGCAUCACCCUCAGCUUAAACUCCCAGAACUAUCUCCUAGAGACCCUGGGGGGAAAGGCUCUGAGAAGAAUGACCGGCAAGACAAUCAAACCAAACUCAAUGGCAUCCUCAAACCAGCAAAAGUUUAUAAGAAUGCCCAGCCUAAGGUGCCCCAGGUGUCACAGGGCCAGCCUUUUCUGGGCCAGCUCAUUUUGGAUAAGCCAUUGCAGGGCCAAACUUUACAAGGUCACAUUUUGCAGAGGCAGAUGAUGCCAGGCCAUACUCACAAGAGGCCCAGCCUUCCAGAAUCUGGUUUAAGAAAUAAAAUGAAAUCUUUUCUGCACCGUAUUAACCCCAAGACAAAAGGCAAAGGAAACGAGGAAUCCAUGCCUUCCACAUCCAAGAAAGUGCCCAACACCAGGAAAGAAAAUAUGGAAAAGAACUUGGCUCCAGCCAAAAGUCCCAAGGGUCGAACUAAGGCAGAGAAGACAAGAGGAGGGCCCAAGCCCCAGUUUCCCCCCACUGAGAAGCAAGUGGGCCUGGCCUUCUUGGAUGUUUCCCAUUACCCAGACCAUAAGCUCUGGCACCACUCCCACUCCCAUCAACUCUACUCUGCCUCAGUCCUAGGCAUUCCCCGCCACUGUCCUCGGCACUGUCCUCGAGUGGCUCGUGCUACCCAACCAGGGAACCCCCCUAACACUCAACUCUCACCUCAGAGGGAAACAUUGGCCUGCUCAAGAAGACCCAGUGCAGUCAGAAGACUUUGUAGUCUUUCCAACAUCUGCAUCCCUUGAAGAGGACUGCUAUUGCCAUUUUCAUUAAUGUGCAGGUGGGCAGAGCACCACCCAAAAUACACUCUAUAUCUCUAAGCAGAGAGUUGUCUGUCUGCUCCUUCUCUCCACUGAAGUGUGUUCAGGGAAGGCAUAAGGGAGGUAAAUGUCCUUCCUAUCUAGGUUGAAACCCAAGCUGGGUCAGCAGUUCACCUCUCCCUACCCCUAGACUGUGGAUAAAGAGACUUCAGCAGAGAAGGAAGGUCCUUGUCUAAGGUACAUUGAAGGUAGAGGUCAGGUUUGAUUUCUGUCAUGGUGUCCUUGGGACCAGAGGAGCAAUGUGGACAUGAGGAUAGUACUGUCAAGAAGGAGUGGCCAGGAAUCUUACAGGCAAAAUUCACUGAUGACAUCUACAUAUGUCCACAACUUGGAGGGGCAUGCCAAUGUUCCAGCUUUGAGGAGGUGCUUUGUGUUUAUCCACAGCAUAUAGCUAAUAUGACAGAUGUUAAAAGCAAAUGAUAGAAUGUCCCCUCUCUGUUCCAUUUUGAUUAUUGGUUAGAUUUUUCUGGAGAACUCAAAAUGAGAGGCUGCUAUAGCUCUCUUAACUGUAUCCCACCUCCUGCCUAUCAGUUGCAUGAAAUGACUGACACCUGGAAUAAAGGUCACAGUAGGACAUGGAGAGGAGCUGGUCCCCCACCCCCAAGGGUAGCCAGGGAGAGAAGCAGGGAGGGAGAGCAUGUAGACUGGGGUCCGUGUACCUGGUAUAGAAGCUGACAUGUUCAUGAAGAGGGCAUGAUAAAAGUCUGGUUUGCUAUGCACUAUAAAGAACUCUGAGCCAGGAAGCCAACCCAGUACCUAAGUGCUUUUCGGGGAUGGAGAUGAAUAAACUGAGUUGCAGUCUGUUGUCCAUAGUGUGUGAUAAAGAGCAGUGAGUUGAGCCUUGUUGUGUAAAAGCAAUGCAAAUUAAUUAAAAAUUUCCGUAACUUCAGCCUUCACCCCACAAAACCGUUUGCCAGUUUAGUAUAACCGUAAAUCUGUGUUUCUGCUCAGCCCAAACGUGAAGUCAGUCACUGGUUCUAAUCUUGACAUAUCUCAGCUUUGUUCCUCUUUUUUCUGUGUUUACUGCCUCUGCUUGUUAGGUUACUCAUCAUUCUUGUCUGACUAAUACAGUAGCAUGUCACACCCCCAGGGAAUGAGGGUGGUCUGUAAUAAUACCGUAAUAGUAUUUGAAUCCAAGGUCUGGGCUGGGGAGGUGGACAGAUCAUUACUUCCGCAUGAUGAGUGUUAUAGACUAAGGAAUCCUGCCACGGAAUUACUGGGGUACUCAGUGGAUGAGGAUCCCCAGAAGGGUCACAGUAAAAAUAACCUUGAUUUUGCAAUACACCUUCAACUAUGCAGUGCUGUAUGUCAGUUAUAUCUUAAAACUGAAAAAAAAAAAGAAACUUAAGAAUAACCUUACACUUAUAUUUAGUGAAAUGUCGUACACUAAAUUAAAACAUUUGCUUACUUACUAUAUGGAAGUUAAUAUAGCAAACACAGCAAAGACAUACCUUGUACAGUGGAGCUCAUGAUUUCUUGAGCUAGUCUCACAUGCCCAAGCUAUCUAAUUAACAUAUAUACUUGAUUGUCCAAUAUUCAUCUCAAACUAUAGAACAGUGAACUCCUGAUUCCCUGUCACCGCCCCACACAACCAUUACCUAGUUAUACAUAAAAAUAUGCUCCAAUCACAGUAUUCAGAAUAUCAGUUAAUGGCAACUCCAAUUUUCCAGUUAUUCAGGACAAUAACAUUAGGGUCAUUUUUUUUUUUUUGUCUUUUUGCCAUUUCUUGGGCCACUCCCAUGGCAUAUGGAGGUUCCCAGGCUAGGGGUCCAAUCGGAGCCAUAGCUGCUGGCCUACGCCAGAGACACAGCAACGCUGGAUCCGAGCCGCGUCUGCAACCUACACCACAGCUCGCGACAAUGCCGAAUCCUUAACCCACUGAGCAAGGGCAGGGAUCGAACCCGCAACCUCAUGGUUCCUAGUCGGAUUCGUUAACCACUGAGCCACGAUGGGAACUCCACAUUAGGGUCAUCUUUGACAUUUUUUCCUAACCAAUUACAUCCAAUCAAUCUGUUGUCUCUACUUUUUGAAAUGCAUUCAGGACAUGACCACUUCUCAUUAACUCUGCUGCUGUGAUUACUCUAGCAGCAUCAUAACUAAUUUCCCAGCUUCUGCCUGAGACCAUGCUUCCACCAGUCUGUUCUCAACACAGAAGCUUGAUGAUCCUCAGGCUGUAGUUAGAAAGAUAGAUUAGAUGAUGAUGAAGAAGAAUGAGGAGAUGGAGAAAGAAAGAAAAAGAGAAAGAUACGUAGUACCAUGAGACUGGAUAAGAUCACUAAGGCGAUGAUUGUAAAUGAAGGAAAGAUCCAAGGACGAGCCUCUGGGACACCCCAACAUUGAGAAAUUGGAGGGAGUUCUGCUGUGGCCCAACAGGAUCAUUAGUGUCUCUGCAGUACCAGGACACAAUUUUGAUCCUCGUCCUGGCACUGUGGGUUAAAGGAUCAGGUAUUGCCACAGCUGCAGUGUAGGUCUCAACUGUGGCUGGAAUCUGGUCCCUGGCCCAGAAACUCCAUAUGCUGCAGGGUGACCAAAAAGGAAAGAAAGAAAGAAAAAAAGAAAUUGGAGGAAAAAUUUGGAACCAAUGAGCAGAACCUGAGAAGUCGUCGCCAGUGAGGUAGGAGGAAAACUGGGAGAGUGUGGGAUACUGGAAGCCAAGAGAGGAAAGCAUUUCAAGGAGAAAGUAAUCAACUGUAUGAAAAGUUGCCAAAGGGCCAAGUAAGAUGAGGACUCAGUUGAUGAUUAGAUUUAACAACACAGAGAUCAUUCAUGGCCUUGAGAUGAAUAGACCCAAGUGAGAGAUGGAGGUAAAGAUGUGACUACAGUGGAUUCAAGAGGGAGAGGAAGAGCGUUGGUGAUGGCAAGUGUCAUCAACUGCUUUAGGGUAUUUGCUCUACAGAGGUGCAGAAAAUGAGGAAAUAGCAUCAAUAGGGUUUUUAAAAGGCAGGCGAUAUAACAUGCUGGAUGUUAAUGGAAAAAAAUCCAAAUAAGAGGAAGAAACUGAUGAUGCAGGAGAGAAAGGGAGAACUACUAGAGCAAUGUCAUGAGCAGAAGUAACAGAAUAGGAAUGAGUCCCCAGGUUGAGGGAUUGGUCUUGGCUAAAAGAACAGAUGCUUUGCUCAUAGUAAGUAGAAGGUGACAGGAAUGAGGAGGGGCUUUGUGUUUCUUGAGAAGAAUGCUUUCCCUACAAUUAAGAGAGCAGGACAAAUUUAUAGAGGUGUGAAUGAGUAACCAGAAAGGAUUGUGGCUCAGGGUGGGGGCCCAUACAGAGAACUAAAACCAGAUAUGAAGAGGAAUUCUGGGAGUUACCAGGGCAAGGUGUUUCUUUGCUUUUUAAUUAGGGUCUGAGAAGUCAGAAGCAGCAUAUGAGCCCAGGCGGGCAAAAAAUAUAGUGAAGUUGCUAAUCACAUAUAAAAAGCACAUGUUCUUAGAAUACAGGGGGAGAGAUGCCAGAGAAAGCUCUAGGUGCACAGAGCAGGAAAAGGAUGGGUCUUGAGAUUGAUAAAGAGGGCAGGCAUGGCAUCCUAGUGUUCAGCCAGGGAUGUUUGGUGGUGGGAGGAGAGAACUGAGGAGCAGAAAGACCAAGAGGCUACCUUGAGUAGAUGGAAAGACCUCUGUGUUGGAAACUCAUCUCUCUCAGAAAGUAGCUCCUCCGCAUGCCCGCUUUCUGAGCUACCACAGAGGAGAGAAUAAAGGUGGGGAGCGCUGUGGCUUCCUUCCGAUGUGGCAUGGGGGACCAUGGGAUGCUCUUCCCUACUGAUUCCUAAGGAGAUCCAGGGUGCCUCAGCAUCCCAUCAAACCAGGAGGUGGGGGCAGGACUCUCUUGCUCUGAUAGGACCCAGCACUCAGCAUGAUGUGUUCGCUGCUAGCAGGAUGCAGAAGAGCCUGGAGGUGAAGAAGCAUGAAUGUGUCCCUCCUCUGAGUGGUGAUCCUGUGCCUGACGGAUGAGAGUCCAGCCCCUGUUGUGGCACCCAGGUUGAGGAGGCACAAGGCCCAGGCCCGCUGAGCCACACUCUCCAGUGUUUUCCUAAGCAUCCCCAAAGAUCAUGGGAGGUUGUGUGAGAGACACAUCCUCCCUGCCUGGUGGCAGUUGGGCUGAGAGCUGUGUAGGAUGAUGCCCAGGAGAAGGAAUGUGACUCAGGAUGGUCACAGUAGAGUCAGAUGGGAAGCCAGGGUUAAUGUGCACACAUCCUGUCUUAGGUGGAGCAGGUCCUUCCAUGGUCCCCCACAGGCUACUUACUCCUGACAAGCAUGAAUUCAUAGUGCUGACCAGGUGGUGUAACAACAGGCUGAGGGCAGCGAGAUGAGCUGGAACAAAGACCUUCAGGAUUCUCAAUUCUCAGCAAAGUCAAGAGCUGAGAGAAGACAAGGUCAGAGCCUAUGAUUCAUGGGGGAUCUUAUAGAGGGGUGAAGAUUUGCUUGUCCUAUUCUGUAAUCCUAGCACAAGCCCCACCUUCCAGCUCUGAUAGGCUCAAGAGGUAAAAAUCAAAAUGAAAACUCUCAUGGCAGGAAACAAACUCAAGUAUUUUCUACUCUAUGAUUGGUGAUAGAUGCUAGGGACAUAUCUAUGCUUGUUUGGGAUCUUUGGUGGCGUUCACUUCUGCUCCCUGAGAUACCAUAUUGAUAUGGUGAAUGGCUCAGACCUUCUGAAACCCUUCUUUCUAUAUCUGCAGAGAGUAUUUCAGGGUUCUGUAGAGAGAAUUGAAGGCAACUCACUAUCCGCAGUGGAGGAGACUGGCUUCUCCACAAAAUCACUUCUCCUGCUAAACACUAAGUCCCAGCAAGUAGGGUGCAUGGCUACUUCAUUUUGGGACUUCCUCACUGUAGCCCAUGCAGGGAGAGCAACAAACACAGCACAGGCAUAGGAAUAAACCCCAUGGAGUUGCUACUUCCUGUGCCAUGUGAGAGAAUCAUUAGGAUAAUCUGUUAUUUUAAUAAGACAAAUCUUCUUAAAAUUUUAUAAAUACUUAUAACACAAAUAUGUACAGAUUUUUACACAAAAUAUCAUGGGUUUUAUACUCAUCAAAUUUCUAGUCUUAAUUUCUAGGAUUAAAAUCUAUUAAUUCAGAAAGAAAACAGUUUAUAAUAACAGAUUAUCCUUAUUAUGCUAACUUAAAGUUUAUAAUUGAAUAAAUGUUUUAUUCAUGUAAGCUGGGAUUUACAUCCUCAUCACUGGAAGGCCUGUUUUUUCUUUUCCUCCAUGCAAAUACGGUAAGAGCAUGGCUGAUUAUAGUGUAACUCAGUUAUUCACCAGUAAACAGUUUAAUGCUUAAUUUCUGGGUGCUAUUUCCUUUCUGUGUACCACUUGUCUCAUUUUCCCUCGAGGUACCGUGUACUUUCACACCUGUAUAUGUUUCUUCAGGCUUUUCCAGACAUCUACUGUCUUACUUCUGCUUGAAAACACUUAACCCAUCAUUUAAUGCACAGUGGAAAUGUCCUCUUGACUGACAUAUUCCCCCUUGGCCUCUUCAACCAGGGUUUUCUACAUCCUCUGUAGUAUUUUGCUUUCCCUGCCCUGAAAUAAACUGUGUAACUGUCAAUGGUGGGAUCAUGCAUCCAUAAAGGCAAUAUAAUCAUCACUUAAUACAUGUUAAAUUGGUAUAAGUUAAACAUGCUGACCAGCUAGAUAACAGACCAUUCAUUACUCAGCCAACUCUUGUUUACAAUCUCAUAGAAUCAUAGAUAUUUGAAAGAAAAUCUGGUUCUGGCUCAUUUUUUUGUGUUCCAGGGAGAAUUUAAUUUGAAGAAAGACUUCCGUGACAUAAGACAGUAUGAAAGCCACUAAUUCUGGACAAACUUUUCAGACGAGUAAAUGAAAGAUUUUUAAAAUAUAAGAUCUAGGUAAUCUGAUUUCUUUUGAAAAAUUAAAAGACCUGGGACACAAUUUUGGUUUCUCAUUCUUGAAAAGUGUCAAUCUUCUGGAACCUUUUCCAGUUUUCCACAGUCCUCACCACUCUCUAAAGUUUCCCUGAUGCAGAAGCUAAGUUUCAAGAGCAGCACUAAACCUCCAAAAUGAUGACUGGCAUGCCAUGGAAAUAUGCCUUGCCUUCUCCCUUCAUUUGUAAUUGAACUUGAGUCCUCAAAUUUGCAGUAGAUGUGUUUCUAUGAAGUAUUGGGGGCAGAGGGGGAUAGAGUUUACAAAUUAAACUUCAUCUGAAAUAUAUGUAGUUUUCUAUUCAGAGGAAUCACCUGUAACUAUAACUCUUUUGUACAUCAAAUGAGCACACUUGAUUAUAUUUCUUUUGCCUUGACAAGAGCUGCAUCUUAGCUUGGUAUAUAAUUCUGAGAGCUCAAUUUUUCCUACGAAAAUUCUGCAAAAAUUUCUUUGUUUUAUUAUUAUGACAUUAACUUUUGCACAGGGGAAGCUUGAGUUUGUGUGGUUAUUCUUUCUUGGGAAGUAAACUUUAUAUGGCUUUCUUUUUCUGCAUGGUUAAGAUCAUAGUUCUUACACAGUUUUUAUCACAAAAGUAAAACUGUUGCAAGACAAGGUGAAGACCAAACAAUGUUAAAUUAGUUUUUGCCAGGGCAUGGUGAGCUCAUUAGAGCUGUAGAUUUAGACUUUUUUUCCCCCCACUCUAGCAAGUUUUCCUUUGUGUAUAUAGUGUUAAAAAACCUUCACUGGUAUAUUGAUUUCAUAUACAAAUUAUACAAUGUAAGUAGUAGACAGUUCAAUGAUUUUUGGUUUCAGGACAUUUUCAUGAUCCCCCAAAGUCUCUCUGUUCCUCCACCCCUGAGUUAAUCCCUGCUCCCACCCCUUAGCCCUAGUCAAGCUUGAGACAGAAAUAUUCUUGCUCCAGUCAUGACCUCAACCUCCUUAUUCACUCAUCACCAACAAUGCCUCUGGACAUGAGUGUUGUCACCACUGUAGGUGGAGUGAACUCCCUUCCAUCAAAGUACAGCCUGUUUGCUGCCUUGGCAGAACCCUGGUGACCACUGAGCCGGAGAGGGUGGGGAGUGAUUGGAGCUGUUUCAGGCAAGAAGGCUUCAGAUUUCCACUGCUCCUACUUAAAGCUUGGCUGUUUUUUCAGCACAAAUGUUUCACAGACUAUUGUUUGCAAUUGUUUUGGGGAAAAAGGAUUUGCUGACUUCCUCACUCAGCCCUUAGCCAGAAGGCUUACUUUUAUGUUUUUUUCCCUCAAUGAUAUCACUGGCGAACUGAUCGGAACUUUAUGAUCUUUUGCGCUCUCUUUUUAUUUUGUUGUCUUCAUCUCUAUUUCCUAUGCUCUGCACUGCCUUUGAGAUGGACUUUAGUUAGGUAUUACAAUGUUUGAUUUUUUUACGCUUGUGUUGUGUCCUUGUUAUCUACCUUUUUAUUUCAACUGUCUCGGUUCUAUGUUUUUCCUUAAUUUUAUAAAGCUACUUUCUUCUGUGUUUUUAAAAAUAGAUGUGCUUUUAUUUAUUUUAUUUUUUAAAAAUCUUUUUAGGGCCACACCU